GCUCCGUCGGCUAUGACGGACUCGUGUAUACUCGUGCUUGUUUUCCAAACCUCGCAUCUUCGGGCUUUGUCGUCUACCUCCGUAGCUAGUUGUUGCUCGUCUGAGGUCUGAACGAUGAUUGACAAUAAUGGCGACGCGUUUAUUCUGAGUUGACUCCAGGGAACCAUCUCUGGUUGACGAAGGGAACAUCUUGGAUGGCUUUCAGCACCGCAAACAACAACAAUAAGGAUAAGCAACCAAGGACUACAUUUACCUCAACGAAAAGGACUUGCUAGCAAGGAGAGGUUUAUCUUGCUAGCAUUGCGAUAGCUAGCAACUCGGCUCGCUAGCUUGCUAAGUUGAAGAGGUGGCGUUCUUGCGUGUGGAGUGGAUGAGAGAGACCGACAGCCAGCCUGGUUACUGGGUACUCGUAUCUGGCUAAGCUAGCAAUGUGGCUAACUAAUAGGCUUUUGGGGUAAUUAGUUCCUCAAUCUAAAAGGCAACAUCGAGGAGGUACUGGCUUGCAUUUAACGUUAGCUUGUGGGAAUAGUUUUUGUAAGAGGAUCCAGCAGCCUUCCUAGGUAGCGAACUUAGCUACUUAGCUAGCAGACUAGCUUUGUGGAUUGUUUCCGUCUCUUUCCUGUUAGACAUUGCUCGCACUUGCAUUUGAAAACUGACCACCAGCGCAUCGAUUUCUGGCUAGCAAGGUCUGCUAGCUUGCGAACUUUUAAGAAUUAUUGUGGUAUUGUGCGUCCUUUUCGCAAAUGACUACCGGCAGGAAUAACCGAGCGAUGAUGGAAGGAGUUGGAGCGAGAGUGGUCCGCGGACCUGACUGGAAGUGGGGAAAGCAGGAUGGUGGAGAGGGACAUGUUGGCACCGUGAGGAGUUUUGAAAGUCCAGAGGAGGUGGUUGUUGUCUGGGAUAAUGGGACGGCUGCGAACUACCGUUGUUCUGGAGCUUACGACGUGAGGAUACUAGACAGUGCUCCAACAGGCAUCAAGCAUGAUGGAACCAUGUGUGACACCUGCCGUCAACAGCCCAUCAUUGGUAUUCGCUGGAAAUGUGCUGAGUGCACCAAUUACGACCUUUGCACAACAUGUUACCAUGGAGACAAGCAUCACCUGAGACACCGAUUCUACAGGAUCACCACCCCAGGCAGUGAGAGAGUACUUUUGGAGUCGCGUCGCAAGUCAAAGAAAAUCACAGCCAGAGGGAUCUUCACUGGUGGCCGGGUGGUGAGAGGAGUAGACUGGCAGUGGGAAGACCAAGAUGGAGGCAACGGAAGGAGAGGAAAGGUGACCGAGAUCCAGGACUGGAGUGCAGCCAGCCCUCACAGCGCUGCCUACGUAUUGUGGGACAAUGGGGCCAAGAACCUUUACCGAGUUGGCUUUGAGGGAAUGUCGGAUCUGAAAUGUGUCCAGGAUGCCAAAGGCGGCUCUUUUUACAGAGACCACUGUCCCGUUUUAGGUGAGCAGAAUGGCAACAGAAAUCCUGGUGGUCUCCAGAUUGGCGACCUGGUCAACAUCGACUUAGACCUGGAGAUUGUUCAGUCCCUCCAACAUGGCCACGGUGGGUGGACUGACGGAAUGUUUGAGACGCUCACCACCACCGGCACAGUAUGUGGCAUCGAUGAAGAUCACGAUAUUGUGGUUCAGUACCCCAGUGGGAACAGAUGGACAUUCAACCCAGCCGUGCUGACAAAGGCCAAUGUAGUGCGCAGUGGUGAAGUAGCAGCCGGGGCAGAGGGAGGCAGUUCCCAGUUCCUAGUGGGAGACCUGGUCCAGAUUUGCUAUGACAUCGACCGCAUCAAGCUGCUCCAAAGAGGCCAUGGAGAGUGGGCCGAGGCGAUGCUACCUACCCUUGGCAAGGUGGGCCGUGUGCAGCAGAUCUACUCUGACAGUGACCUGAAGGUCGAGGUUUGUGGAACGUCUUGGACGUACAAUCCUGCCGCUGUCACCAAGAUUGCCCCCUCUGGCUCUGCUGUCAGCAACGCCUCCGGAGAGCGUUUGUCUCAGUUGCUGAAAAAACUAUUCGAGACACAAGAGUCUGGAGACAUAAAUGAGGAGCUGGUCAAGGCAGCUGCCAAUGGUGACCUGGCCAAGGUGGAGGACAUCCUCAAGAGACCUGAUGUGGAUGUGAACGGGCAGUGUGCUGGACACACUGCUAUGCAGGCAGCCAGUCAGAAUGGUCACGUGGAUGUCCUAAAGCUGCUGCUUAAACACAGCGUGGACCUGGAAGCUGAGGACAAAGAUGGGGACCGGGCAGUGCACCACGCAGCCUUUGGUGAUGAGGGCUCUGUCAUUGAGGUGCUGCAGAGGGGCGGCGCUGACUUGAAUGCCAGGAACAAGCGAAGACAGACUCCAUUACACAUAGCUGUCAACAAGGGCCACCUGCAGGUGGUUAAAACCCUGCUUGACUUUGGCUGCCACCCCAGCCUUCAGGAUUCAGAGGGGGACACACCCCUGCACGAUGCCAUAAGCAAGAAGAGAGAUGACAUGCUGUCAGUACUGCUGGAGGCUGGUGCUGAUGUCACCAUCACCAACAAUAACGGCUUCAAUGCCUUGCAUCAUGCUGCUCUGCGAGGAAACCCCAGUGCCAUGCGUGUGCUACUAUCUAAACUGCCGAGGCCUUGGAUUGUAGACGAGAAGAAGGACGACGGUUACACCGCACUGCACCUGGCUGCCCUCAACAACCAUGUGGAGGUGGCUGAGCUGUUAGUGCACCAGGGCAAUGCCAGCUUAGACAUCCAGAACGUCAACCAGCAGACGGCAUUACACCUGGCAGUGGAGCGUCAACACACCCAGAUAGUCCGGCUGCUGGUGCGUGCAGAGGCCAAGCUUGAUGUGCAGGACAAGGACGGGGACACACCACUUCACGAGGCACUGCGUCACCACACACUGUCCCAACUGCGACAACUUCAAGAUAUGCAGGAUGUCAGCAAAGUGGAGCCCUGGGAACCCUCCAAGAACACAUUAAUCAUGGGCUUGGGCACCCAGGGGGCAGAGAAGAAGAGUGCAGCAUCCAUUGCCUGCUUCCUGGCAGCUAAUGGAGCAGACUUGACCAUUCGUAACAAGAAGGGCCAGUCCCCUCUAGACCUGUGUCCAGACCCCAGCCUCUGCAAAGCUCUGGCCAAAUGCCACAAAGAGAAGAGCAGUGGCCAGGUAGGCACCCGCAGCCCAUCUCUGAACAGCAACAUCGAGUCACUGGAGGAGUGUAUGGUGUGUUCAGACAUGAAGAGAGACACUCUGUUUGGGCCCUGCGGACACAUUGCCACCUGCUCCCUCUGCUCGCCUCGUGUCAAGAAGUGUCUCAUCUGCAAGGAUCAGGUCCAGUCAAGAACUAAGAUUGAGGAGUGCGUAGUCUGCUCUGACAAAAAAGCAGCCGUGUUGUUCCAGCCCUGUGGUCACAUGUGCGCUUGUGAGAACUGUGCCAGCCUCAUGAAGAAGUGCGUACAGUGUCGGGCUGUGGUGGAACGCCGCACCCCCUUCGUUCUCUGCUGUGGAGGGAAAGGUAUGGAGGAUGAUGCCGAUGAUGAUGAUGAUGAUGAUGAUGAUGAUGAUGAUGAUGAUGAGGACCUUACAGAGAGCUCUAACACUAUGGCAGGGGGAUCGCAGGAUCUUCUCCAACCCAACAAUCUGGCACUAAGUUGGUCCAGCGGAAACAUCCCAGCCAUGCAGAGAGACAAGGACAACACCAACGUCAACGCUGAUGUACAAAAGCUACAGCAACAGCUCCAGGACAUCAAGGAACAGACUAUGUGUCCGGUGUGUCUGGACCGGCUAAAGAACAUGAUCUUCAUGUGUGGCCAUGGCACCUGCCAGCUGUGUGGGGACCGAAUGAGCGAGUGCCCCAUCUGCCGCAAGGCCAUCGAGCGCCGCAUCCUCCUUUACUAGACCCUGGUCUAUGGUGGCUCCUUUUAGCCUCAUGGUCUUGGAUAUGAACUUAAGGGAAUUAUUUCUGGAUUUCAUCCUAAGACAGCUCUGAGCAAAUUCAGAAGUGUAGAGGAGGUGAUGUAAAGGUUGGCCUUUUACCGUUGAUGUAAAGUUCUCAUGCAUCUGUCUCAGUCAAUGCCAGCUGCAUUCAAGUUUUAUUGUAUUUGUAAAUCUUUAUGCACGUGUAUUGGUAUCAGAAGCUCCAGAUGUGGAUUUUCAUUUUAAAACCAUUUUUCACCACAGUAUGGCAAGUUUGUGACCCAUUACUGUCUGCCCCACUUAAAGGUUCAGUGAGUGUUUACGCUUCAUGUCUGUGUACAGUUUGGCUGUUGUGACCACACUGUUACCCACUGUCCUUGCAGUUGAAGACCAGAUGUUUGGCGGUUUUGCACUAGAAAAGCUGAGUCAGGGUAAAAGCUCUUUUCUGCACUGACUUUAGAGGUCCACUUCAGCUCAGUGAUAAAACACAGAUAGAGUUGUAGUUACUGCCAGGUAGCACACCACACCCAUUCUUUGUUUACUGAGCUGUACCAAGAACGUCAGCGGCGGUGUCGCAACACCCUUUUGGCUGAGAAUUCCAGAGCCGCCGUGUAGCGAUUUUAAGAAUUCAAGCACACAAACUCAUUCAGCUUCUGUCCAGUGAUCAGCUCCCGUUUUACCUGUUUGUUGUACAUGUACACACAAACCCACACGAUGCAAACACACGUGUAACAAGAGUCUCUUGUCACAACGUGAUGUUAAAUUGUUGAGACUUGGUGGUAUUGUCUGACAAAAAAUUUACAAUUCAGUGAGCAUUGCUAACUUACCAUUGAUGACUGUGCCAUUUGCUUCCAAAAAUCUACAUGUCAAAUUACUUGUAUGGGGAUAAGGUGCUCUUUAUCUUGUAUUACUUUUUAUUUUUUAUUUUUUUUUUAUUUAAGUGUAUUUCCUUUACUCUACAUUUCUUGAACUAGAGAGUACAAUCUAUUAGAACACUAAGAUGAAAAGGUAGAAUAAAUUAUUUUGUAUUGCUGCCCAAAAAAUAGGAUUUAUAGGUAUCACUGCCUUCCUAAUAUGUAGCCUCAAAAUCUCUCUAACAUUCUGCUUUGAUAUUAAUAUUAAGAUACGUUUGUGAUGUUUUUAUGUUUUGCUUUUUGUUGGCAAUAGCUUUCUAGCAAUCAUCAGUAGAAGCAUUUUUUUUCUCUGUAAGCCUAACUUGUUCAUUUGUGAAACAGAAAAAAAGACAUUUUGUUGUCAAAAGUGUCAAGUAUCUUUUCACCAGUGUUUUAUUAGGGAGGAAAGCUAAUGAUUUUUUAAGACAGAACUUGCCUUACCUCUUUUAAAAGGCAGUUGCCCAUGUGGAUACUCAGCAAGGUGGCUAGCUUGCUCUGCUGUGUGGGAAUUUGCAACCGAGUACAAGCAUUUUUGUUUUGUUUUGUUUUUGUUUUACAACAGAAAGCAACUUUUUGGAGUAGUUUCAAUUCUUUUCAUUGAUCAUGAUAACACUUUAAGCUAGAAGCACUAAAACGCUUUAUGGUAGUGUUGUCUUGUUAUGGUUGUUAUGAAAAGCCUAUUUUGUACUUUAUUUUCAAUACCUGUAACUGUCCUGUUGGAAAUGUAUCGGUAGUAUUUUCUUUGGCAUGAAUGUUUGACAUAUGCAGUACGACAUGUAUCAUGGAAACCGUUCAGUCUGUAUUGCUAAUAAGUGCUUUUAAAACAACCACAAAGCUGAAAUAAAGUUCAACAUGAACCACGGGACAUUA